UGGGCUGCACUGGUGGGCAGCACUGGUGGGUGGGCACAGGUGGGUGGCACUGGUGGGCACAGGUGGGUGGGCACAGGUGGGUGGCACUGCUGGGCACAGGUAGGUGGCACUUCUGGGCACAGGUGUGUGAAAUUGCAGAGUGGCACAGGUGGGUGCACUGCUGGGCACAGGUGGGUGCACUGCUGGGCACAGGUGGGUGAUCUGCUGGGCACAGGUGGGCGGAGCUAGUGGGCGCACUGCAGAGCACAGGUGGGCGGAACUUGUGGGUGGCACUGCUGGGCACCGAUCAUCAGGGCACUGAUCAUCAGUGCCCUGAUGAUCGCGUGUCAUUGGACACCGCUGAUCAGGUGGUA